AUGGAUACCUGCACACUAGAAUCAUCAUCAUCAUGCCACAACAAUCUGCUGCCAUUUCAGGAUGUGACUCAGCCACACUAUAAAGUUGCUUUGGUGCUGACAAUUGUCUUGGUUCGCCUCAGCCGCUCUUAUGUGUUGCUUCCUCUUCUGAAGCAACUGGGAACUCGUUUGGGACGGGCAGCACAUGGACAAAAGUGGGUGGAGCAAAACCAGGACAGCAUCCAGCACUUUAGUGAUUUUUCGUUCCGAUUCCUCUUUCGAUGCGUGGUGACGGGUCUGGGAUUAUAUGAAUACUGGCAAUCUCCUGAUUACUGGCACACCACUAGCCUCAUCUGGGAGGGCUACCCACACCAUGUGGCCAGCAACACUGUCCAGAUUCUCUAUCUGUUGCAACUUGCAUACCAUGUGGAAGACUUGGCUGGAGUGCUCAUUGAAGGAAAGUCCACCCGAAAGGACUAUGUUGAAAUGAUCAUUCACCACAUUGUCACUGCGAUCCUCCUAUGUCCCAAGGACUUGGCAAAGAUUUUGAAGACAUUGGAAUUCAAGACUUCCAGCAAGGUUGCACUUUGUGUAUUUGUCAUUUCAUGGUUCGUGUGCCGCAUGUACCUCUAUGCUGGUGUCUAUGUGUACAGCGCCUUUACGGAAACAGCGCCUUUGUUCGCCGGGGGUAUGACAGAGUUCGCUUGGGUGAUCUUCCGGGCAUUGCUGUGCUCUCUCAUUGCCUUGAACACCCUGUGGUCAUAUAUGAUCGUCAAGCUAUUGGUCAAGGUGCUGUCCAAAGGCGAUGCAGAUGAUCCGCAAUUAGCCAAGGAGGCAAAGGAAAUGCCCUCCAAGCCGGACCCCUUGAGCGAUGAAUCUGAAUCUAGCUCCGUUCUGACAGACGAAUCAGACACAGCCUCUGAAGCUAGUAGCCAGUGA